UCUAGAAGGCAGAGGAAGUUUACUGAAAUCUCGCGAAAGUGCCCCUCUCACCUUCACCUUCACUUUCUCUGCUCAUUUCUUCCGCUUUCCCUUCAAGCAAACUCUGGAAUCUCCCAAUUAUCGAAUCUCUAGUUAGCUGAGCAGAAAUGUCGAUCGUUCCAUUUACUGGGCGAGAGAGCAAUGUCUCCAACUCCAACUCCUCCUCCAGAGACCUGUGGGAUCCAUUCCAAAACUUCCCAGAGAACGGCCUUUGGGACCCAUUCAGCGAUUUUCCUUCCUCACUCUUAGGGUUCCGCCCUCUCUCCCUUUUCGGAACCUCCGUGAACACCAGUCUCGACUGGAGGGAAACUCAGACUGCCCACGUUUUGACGGCGUCUCUUCCGGGAUUUAUGGACGAGGACGUGCUAGUUGAGCUCCAAGAUGAUCGAGUGCUCCAGGUGAGCGUGGAGAGCGGCAGGUUCAUGAGCAGGUUCAAGAUCCCGGACGAUGCGAAGCUCGAGCAGCUCAAGGCCUCCAUGCACAAUGGGUGUCUUACUGUGACUGUUCCAAAAGUGGAGGCCAGGAUGCCUAACGUCAGGAACAUCGAUAUCUCCGGGUCCGGCUAAAUCUAUGCUCUUCCUUUGUCCCUCACUAUGUUAAUAGGGUGUGUGGUUUGUUGAAGGUCACUGUGAGCUCCGAGUUGCAUUUGAAGUUGUUUGAUGUAAUGCGUCGUUUAAGUAUGCGAUGUUUCUGUUCUUGUAAUGCUAAGCUGAGCUUGGUUUGUCUGGAAAUAAAUAAGUUAUGUUCUUAACGGUUAUUACUCUGUGGUAUAAAAAAGAAGCUGUAGUAA